AUGUCGUUUGCUGUAUGCAAAGUGUGCAGGAAGACUUACGCCAACAAAGGUAAUACUACAAACUUCAAAAAUCACAUUGAUAGCGAACAUGGUGGUAGUUUGCCCAAAAAUAUGCCAACCAAGCAACAUCAGCCAUCCAUUGACACAUUUGUGAAUUCGAAUACACAGAAGGGAAAACUGAAUGUUGACAGACAACAUAAAAUUGAUGAUUCCCUCAACAAACUUAUAGUUGGGAAGGUCAUACCAAUUAGCAUCGUAGAGAAUGUGUACUUUAGAGACUUUGUUGCCCUUCUGGAACCGAGGUACAAAAUACCAUCAAGAUUUACAGUAAUAUCUAGAUUAGAAAAAAAGAAGGAAGAAAUUGAAGCAAAAUUAAAUAAUGAUUUAGAAUCGGUCAAAGACAUUUCCAUCACACAUGAUGGAUGGACUUCAUUGAACACGGAGUCGUAUUUUACCACAACAAUACACUACAUCGACAGGUCAUGGGAACUGCAGAGUGCUGUGUUAGGUACUGUGAAAAUGGAAUUAAGUCAUACUUCAGAAAACAUAGCAAACAGUCUGCAAAAAACACAACUACAAUGGAAACUUCCACAGCCAAUUGCUACAAGUGACAAUGCAGCAAAUGAAGUAAAAGCAUAUGAAAUUCUAGGCUGGAGCAGGUUCGGAUGUUAUGGGCACCGUAUUAACUUAAUUGUGAAGCACUCGCUCUUGGUGAAGGAAGUUGAUAGAAUCUUGGGGAAGUCGCGCAAGUUGGUAACCUUUUUUCACAAAUCAAGCAGUGUCACAGAAAUGCUUCUUUCAAAGCAGAAACUAUUACUGAAUCAGGAGCAAGUUGGGCAUAAACUCAUUAUUGAUGUCGCAACUCGAUGGAAUUCUACUUUGUAUAUGCUCCAACGUCUUGUGGAACAGACACCAGUUCUUAUGGCACUUGCAAAUGAUCCAGAUCUCUCAAAAACAGCAUCCAACACGUUGAAGAAUUGUGUGUUCAGUUUUCAAGAACUAAGCAUUGUUGAAAAACUUGUUGAACUUCUUUCACCAUUUGAGAAAGCCACAACUAUUCUGUGUGCUGACAAGUACCCAACCAUGCAUAAAGUACUGCCAGUUAUAACCAAAUUGUUACGGAUCGUAGAGUUAAAUGAUGAAGACCUGCCAUUCAUAAAACAUAUAAAACAGCAAAUGCAACUGGAAAUGGACAAGAGGGCUGUUUCAGAGGACAUUUCAGUUAUAGCAUGCAUGAUGAAUCCAUUCAUGAAAGAUUUGAAUUUUGCAUCAAACGCACAGGCACUUGUUUCUUUGAAUGCUGACUAG